CAACGGGAUAGUGCGGUUUUAUCGGUUGCUUAAAUAAAUUGAACACUUUCCAGAAUGCACGCGACUGUCAUCUCGGCUUUCGGGAUAGUAUAUCUACUGUUCCUGUUCCUGGGACAUCUUUCUGCUCAAAUUACCGUGAGUCCAAGCACGUUCAAUCCUCUUAUGGUCGACAGCAAGCCGGAACCCGCCACAAAAAACUCUUGGCACAUUAAUAAUUAUUAUCCAAAAAGGUGGUUAAUAAAUAUGAAUAGUUCCGAUAAGAAACUCAGACAAUCCUACGAUUACCGCCCGCUGCACAAUCCCCUCUAUGGGUAACCAGUUCCAAAGUCCACUUAGUCUUUGCUCUCGAAUCGGUCAUCCAAGCCUUUGAGAUUACAUUUAAAUAUGUCAUGAAAUACAUAGCAUGAUAUACAUACAUAUAUAGCAUGAGUAACGAAAUAUGUAUAUGUGCAACAAGUUCUGAUUGUUAAAGCUACUCGAUUCUAAUUUAAAAUCAAGGUCAAUACAAAAUGCUCUUAUCAACAUAUAUGAAUCACAUAUGUAUUAAGAUGUAAAAUCUCAUUUUUAAUUAAGCAUUAAUGUGAAAUGAAAGUGCCUUUUUGCCGUGUGUAUUUUUUAUAUGUAAGGCCCCUUUAAAGUCGGCAGUCAACUGUUUGUUUACUGAGUCAGAAUCUUGGAGUCGCCAUGAUCAGUCGCAUUGAAAUAUUUAUUUUUAUUCAUAUAAAUUCCAUAAUAAUCAAAACUGGAAAUUAAAAAAAAAAAAAAAAUUAAUUAAUUACAUUUUAAUUCUACGUAAUUCGAAUUGUGUAGUGUAGAUUUUUUGGCGGCAUAAUUUGAAUAUAUUUAUGG